AUGCUUCGCUGGUGGAUUACACUGCUUUUGAUUGCACCGAUAUUCCAUCAGUGGUCCCACUUCCGGAAACUCCAUGGGUUGAGAAUUCAUUGCACGAAGAAAUCAAGGAAUGGGUACUAGCAACUUCGGUAGAUGACGGAAUAGCACGAGAUCUCAAACUCGACUCACGUGGUUUAUUUGAGGCCACCAUUGAAGUCAACGGACAAAGAUGGCCUGAAUGUAUAAUCACAGGUUAUCCAAUCACGAAGAGUCGCGUCGAGUUUGGAGAUCUCUGUGCGGACAAGGAUGAUUUUAAUCGAUUUCUGAUUGCCAUUAAAACUAACCCCACCGAUCAGCUUAUCAAUGUCCAAGAAUUCUUGUCUAAAUGGGCGAAUCAACCGUUGAACAUGUCAUUAUGA